UUAAGUAUUUAACCUCGUGUUCUGACUAUCUGACUACAACAAGUAUAACACUACAACUACGUCUACUCAGUAUUUAUAUUUUAUACAGUACGAGCGAGUUCGGCACUGUGAACAACGGUUGUAUUUUAAAUAGGCAUAUAUAAAAAAUAAGCAUUUAACGCGUUCGACAACUAAAUAUAUUGACAAUUUUUGACUAGCAUUUAUACAUUUUUUUAUUAACUACAUCUUUGUGAAUCUAAUCCCUCGAUCAAAAAUUUGGGCCCUCUUCCAACGUGGAAAUUCGUUAUUACGUAAAGUGACAGUCGUUUUCGUCGAGAUUAUCGUGUAUUAGUGUUGGGAUCUUUGUUCAUCGUUUUUACAGUCAUCCACAACAGCGAUGAGUACCACCAACGUUAAAGUAGAAUUCCCGUGUGAUUCAAAAACCAUCAAAACUGAAAAGGAUACCGUGGUUCCUCCAAUAGUCGACGUAAAAGUAGAGUUGCCAGCUGAAAACGAGACCUUGGUUGCCAACAUAUCUGCAAACCUUGAGAAGAACAUUGUUAAGCAGCUUGGGUUUUACUUCAGUGACACUAAUCUACCUUAUGACAAGUUCCUACAAAAUGAGAUUAAAAACGAUGAUGGUUGGGUGAAAAUUGAUGUGCUGUUGACAUUCAAAAGAUUGGCAUCUCUAUCCAAAGACCCAGCAGUAAUUGCACAGGCCGUUAAAAAUGCCACUGAUAGCAUCUUGGAAGUCUCAGAGUCUGGCGAUAAGAUCAGGCGUAAGGCAGACAGUGCUGUGCCAGUGGCUGAUCAAGAGUUCUUAAACGAGAUGAUUGCGCGUUCAAUUUACUGCAAAGGCUUCCCAAAAACAGCUACUAUGGAUGAACUGUUGGAAUUUGCUUCAACCUUUGGUGAUAAGAUAAUUACAAAAGUCACACCUCGAAGACUCAAAACUAAAGAGUUCAAAGGUACCCUUUACUUUACAUUCAGUACCAAAGAAGAAGCUGAAAAGUUUUUGAAACUAGAAUCUGUUAAAUACAAAGACGUUGAACUGGAACGCAAGUGGGAAAAAGAUUUCCUUGAAGAGAAGAAAAAAGAAUAUGAAGAUAAACUUGCUAAGAAAGAUCAGAAAAUAAAAGCAGAGACUGAGAAAUAUUUUAAAAAAGGAUUUUUACUUAAAGUUGAUAAUGUGGAUGAAUCUGUUACAGUUGAAAGUAUCAAAACUAUUUGCUCAGGAUUUGAAUGGCAAGUAGCCUUUGUGAAAAUAGUUGAAAACGAAAAAUUAGCUUGGAUUCGAUUGAAGCCUGUGAAAGCUGCUAAAGACCUGUUAGAAGAGGUCGCUGAAAAAGUGAAUGAUCUGAAGAUAAAGUUUUCAUUACCAAACGAGGAGGUUGAACAAACUGUGUUAAACGAAAUGACCAAGGAAAUGAAAGGUGUUCUCAACAUGAAAGACAAAAUGAAAAGGGAAAAGAACAGGAAUAAGGGAGGGAAAAGGUAUAACAAGCGGAAAAACGACGAUGGCAAUUCUAAUAAUAAACGAUUUAAAGCAAACGGAAAUUAAUUUAGUUAUUUAUUAUAUAUUUUUUUUUUAUACAAUAAGGACCUAAACAUGUUUAUCUUUACAAGCUAAGAUUAAAGAUAACCUAUUAUAAUUAUUAAAA